AUGUGCGGCAGGGGCAGGCCAUGGAGGUGUACAGAACUUGUCGUCGCCGGAAGCAUCUGUAACUUUUCUCUUCAUGGCCGCGGCAACGAUGUUUCUUUUUUGAUUACUCUUCUUUUUCGAUGUUCUUCCAGUCAGUUUACAUGGGCAAUGUAGCUUGAACAUGUGAACGCGUUUACUUUGUUCUGCUCUUAUGGAAGUUUUAGAUUAAUUUAGUCUAAAACUGCAGUCUGAACGCUAUAAUAAUUACCCCCCAAAAAUUGAAUCCCUGUGACCUGCACUGGAUUUAAAUUUUGUCAAAUAUAAAAGGCACUUUUUUUUGCGUCUUCGGAAUCUAUAGCGACGUGAAGAUUUGUUUUCGCUAGAUCCCCAACAACGUGCGGUUUUAUGUUCGAUGCCUCACGGCAUUGUUCUGUCUCGACCAGGCAUGUAAGGUCCCUCGAGCUGAGGAAUGAGUGGCCGCGAGCAAUCGGGCGGUGAACACUAUUUUCGGAUUUAAGAACUGGGUGGAAUAUCUGAAGUUUCUGAACAUGGAUAUUACAGUGUCAGAGUUGAUGGGAAACUUCAUGGAUACGCCGCUGGUGGUGUGGGUGAAGACCUUUGGACCCCUGGGCUCUGGCUCAGAGGACAAACUCUCCAUGUUCAUGGAUCUGGUGGAUGGUGUCUUCCUGCACAAGAUCAUGACACACAUAGACCCCAGCCCCACAAAUCAGAGAGUGAAUAAGAAUGUGAACAAUGAUGUGAACCUACGAAUCCAGAACCUCAACAUUGUGAUCAGGCACAUCAAGAACUACUACCAGGACUGUCUCCAGCAGCUCAUCCUGAUGACUCUGCCUAAUGUGCUGACCAUCGCGAAGGACCCCCUCUCAGGCAAGGGCAUGGAGGAGGUGAAGAGACUGCUGCUGUUGAUCCUAGGCUGUGCUGUACAGUGUGAGAGGAAAGAAGAGAUCAUUGAGAAGAUCAAACUGCUCGACAUCGAGAAGCAGGCAGCCAUCGUCUCCCACAUUCAAGAGGUGACCCAUAACCAGGAGAAUGUGUUGGACAUGCAGUGGCUGGAGCUGCCAGACAUGCCCCCUGAGGAGCUCAACCCCCUGUCGCGUAACAUGGCGUUGCACCUCCGCAAACUCAUAGAUGAACGAGAUGAAUGUGCAGAGGUGAUCGUGGAGCUGACCCAGGAGAAGGACUACCUCCAGUCCCAGCAGCCCUCCAAUCACAUGGGUUACCCCUGUCCUGAGAGGAAUGUGUUGGGCCUGGACGGACCCGUCUCACUGCUGUCCAAAGAGGACCGGCAGCACCUGGCUGUGGAGCUGGCCGACACUAAAGCCAAACUGAGACGCUCACGGCAGGAACUGGAGGAGAAGACUGAGCAUCUGAUGGAUACCAAACAUGAGGUGGAGAGGCUAGACCUGGAGAUGCAGAAACUCAAGCAAGAGAACAUGCAGGUGCUGGCGGAGGCACGGUCGGUGCGUGCCUACAGGGAUGAGGUGGAUGCUCUGAGGGAGAAGGCAGCCAAGGUGGACAGACUGGACACAGAGCUGUCACGCUGCAAGGAGAGGCUACACGACGUCCACUUCUACAAGACACGAGUCGAGGAGCUGAGAGAGGACAACGUGACUCUGAUUGAUACCAAAGCCAUGCUGGAAGAGCAGCUGGGGGCAGCCAGGGGGCGCUGUGACAAACUACAUGAGUUAGAGAAGGAGAACCUGCAGCUGCGCUCCAAACUCCAUGACAUGGAGAUGGACCGGGUCACAGAUAAGAAGCGCCUGGAGGAGUUGAUAGAGGAGAACAUGCUGCUGGAGAUCUCUCAGAAACAGAGCAUGAACGAGUCUACCCACCUUGGCUGGGAGCUGGAGCAGCUUUCUAAGAACAAUGACAACAGCGACACGCGCAAGUCGUUUGUGUUUGAGCUGAACGAGUCUACGUCGAGCCGUCUGCUGAAGCUGGAGAAAGAGAACCAGGUUCUGCAGACCACCAUACAGGAGCUCAGAGAGGCUUCCCUAAGUCUAGAGGAGGGCCAGCUACAUACCUUGGAGCUGGAGAGUGAGAACCAGGGCCUCUGCAAGAAGCUGGAGCAUCUGCAGACCCUGCUGGACCAGGAGAAGCAGACAACCCAGGACAUGGAGGGUCUCGGGGAAGAUCUACUCAAAGACAAGCAGAAACUGGAUAAGGCUCUGGAGACACUGCAGGAAGACAAGGACAGACAGAUCACUGAGCUGGAGCAGGAGAAGGAGCACCUGAGCCAGGCGGUGAGCUCCCUACGUCAGCGUGCCCAAGCCAACAGUGAGGCUCGGGUCAGGGAGGUGGAGACUGAGAACCGCGUCCUCCACCAGACCAUCACGGACACCGGGUCCAAGCUGGCCCGGCUAGAGGCCCAGGGCAAGCAUUCGACUAAGGAGCUGGAGACACUGAGGGAGAGGGGGGAGCGCUGUGAGGAGCUGGAGAGGGAGACUGCACAUCUUGGGAGGAGCAAAGAGCAGCUUCAGAGGGAGGUGGCGUCGCUGAUGAUUACGUGUGACCGGGCCGAGGCCCUGGAGAGAGACAAUGCCAGCCUGGAGCAGGACAACCGGAGGCUGAAGAAGCAGGCGGACACGGCCCAGAACACCAGCCUGCGCCUGACUACUCUGGAGAAGGACCACAGCCUCCUGGACCAGGAGAACCUGGAGCUCCGCCGCACUGUGGAAUCUCUUCGGCCGGCCGCCGUGCGCCUGGCCCAGCUCCAGCAGGAGAAUGGGGAGCUAGAGCGGGACAGGGAGGAGCUGGCCCGGUCUGUGGAGGAGCUGAGGUCCCAGGGGAAAAGGGCAGAGAGGCUGGAGAUGAGCAUCAGCAGCUUGGGUCAGGAGAACCAGAGGCUCCAGCAGAGCCUGGACAACAGCUCCACAAAGAUCCAGGGGCUGGAAAGGGAGCUAAGGCAGGCCGAGGCCGAGACAGGGGGGCUAAGAAGGGAGCUGGAGGAGGUGUGCCUGGUGGCGAAACGCCUGGAGGCAGUGGAGAAGGAGAAGAGGGGGCUAGAGCAAGAACUGGGCCAGUCAGAGAAGGAGAGUAAGCAGCUGGAGAAGGAGGCACGGAGGCUGUGGCAGCAGCUGGAGGUGAAGGAGAGAGUGCUGGAGGAGAGUGCUCUGAGGCUGGCCUCCCUGGAGAAGGAGGGCUUCACCAAGGAGAAAGAGCUGGAGAGGUUAAAGGAGGCUACUGGGAAGGUCAAAGAGCUAGAGCGGGAGAGCAAGGAGCUGCAGAAACAGGCCACGAUUGACAAGAGGACCCUGGCCACACUCCGAGAGGACCUGGUGAAUGAGAAGCUAAAGGUGCAGCAGCAAUGGAACGAGUUGGAGACACUGAGCCAUGAGCUGGAGAAGAUCGGCCUGAACAGAGAGAAACUACUGCAGGAGGAGCACAGCUGUGAAGACAAUAAGUUCAAGAUCUUGGAGAGUAAGAUCGAGUCAACACUGAAGAAGACUCUGGAGAUCCGCGAGGAGAAGAUUCAGGGGCUGGAGUCCCGGCUGGAGGAGUCUAGUAGUCUCAACCAGCAGCUACGCACUGAACUCAGCACCGUGAAGAAGACUCUGGAGGCUCUGCGACAGAGGCAGGAGGAAGAGGAGGCCCACUCCCAGACCCAGAGCUCCACACUGCAGGCUGUAGGUCAGGGCAGGCCUGGCCAGAAGGAGAAGUGGGAGACUGAGACUAGAGAGGCCACCGCGGAGCUCAACAAACUCAAGGACCGCCUCAUCGACAUGGAGAAGAAUAAUGCAACCCUGCAGACAGAGAAGCACCUUCUGAAGGAGCAGCUGAGACAGCUGGACACCCAGAACAGUCAGCUGAAUGCCCAGACUGUGGCCGUACAGAGGCAGUCUGCAGUACUGCAAGAGCACAACACGGCCCUGCACACACAGACAGCCAAGCUACAGGUGGAGAACUCCACCCUCAACUCCCAGAGUGCAUCUCUCAUGGCCCAGAAUGCUGUGCUACAGGGCCAGGUGGGGGCGCUGGAGAGCGAGUCAGAGGCGUGGCAGCGGCAGCGGGAGGAGGCGCGGGUGGGUAGGGAGAGCGUGCUGCAGGAUCACGAGCGCCUGCUGAGUGUGCAUGAGAGACAGGCAGCGGAGUACGAGCAGCUCAUCGCCCAACACGCCACCCUGAAGGGCAACCAGAGAGCUCUGGAGCAAGAGCACCGCACACUGGAGAACAAGUACAUAGUGCUCCUGAAGCAGAAAGAUGCCAUGGAGGCGCUGGAGUCCACCCUCCAGAAGGAGAGGGAGAGUCUAGGAGAGGAGAUCCACAAAAAUGCCCUGAUCCUGGGGGAGAACCAGAGCCUGAGGGGGGAAGUGGACAGGUUGACCCAGACACAUACCCAGCUACGUGCGGAGUAUGAUGGGCUGCAGGUGCAGACCAAGGAGCUGAAGACUAGUCUGAAUGGAGCUCAGCUGGAGGUGAACCGCUGGCAGGCCAGAUAUGACUCAAUGAAGGAGCAGCACCAGGGCCUGGACAUCUCCAUGACCAAGCUGGACAACCACUGUGAGUUGCUGACGCGUCUGAAGGGGAACCUGGAGGAGGAGAACCACCACCUGCUGAGUCAGAUCCAGAUGUUGAGCCAACAGAACCAGACCCUUCUGGAGAGAACCAUGGAGAGCAAGGAGCUCUACCACGAAGAGCAAAAACAGUACAUUGACAAGUUGAACUCACUCCGGAGGCAGAAGGAGAAGCUGGAGGAGAAGAUCAUGGACCAGUACAAGUUCUAUGAUCCAACCCCUAAAAAGAAGAACCACUGGGCCGGGGCAAAGGCCUUGGCCAAACUCAUCAAACCCAAGAACAGACAGGACAGCUCGAGGGAGAGGGUGCGGAGCGCCCCAGACAUCCCCCUGCCUGAACCUCCCACCCUGGACUUCCCUGACAUACCUCCCCCCCCCUACCUCCCCCUCCUCUACCCCCCCGCCAGUCCCGCCUCAGCCUGGACUCUGUGGGGAACCACUCUCAGGAGGAGAACCACCACGGACAGGGGCACUCCCCUACCCUCACCCCCACCCACUCCAGCAGAGCUUUUGCUGACCCUUACGCUUCACUGCUCUAGCACGCACUUGUCUACCUGCCCUAACUGUCCACUGUCCAGCAGCCUCCAGCUCACCUGCCUCUGCUGUGUGGAGAAUGGGGUUGUUUGUUUGGACGGAUGUGGUACCAUCAUAGAUACUAACUGCUCUGUUAUUGUUCCCCUAGCACUAAACGACAGUGGAGUGUCCCGAGGCAGGGAGCUGUACCGAAUUCCAGGGGGUAGCAGUGAGAGUGUCAAUGGCACAGAAGAGCUCUACGCCAGAAGAAGAGGUGUGGAGCUAGGGGGUGCUGCUCACUCCACCCUCGCCAACCACACCUCCACUUCAGGCCUGACGCCCAACUCGAGCUCCAGGCCUGGUCGCAGACCCAAAGGUUUUAUCCACGAGGACGACCCUCGGGUUCACUCCCCCGACGCCCUGUUUGGGAGCAGUAUCCAUGGAAACGCAGGUUAUCGACCAGGCUCUGCUGAGCUCAGCCGCAACACCUCCAGCAGCAACUCCCCUGUUAACUGCAAAGAUUCCCUGGAGCGCCUGCAGAGCCGUUCUGCCAGCCUGUCCAGUGAUGACGUAGUGGGCGUUAGUCACGACGUCUCCCACUCCCUGUCUCUCCCCCGGAGCUCCACGGUUCCCUACGACGCCCAUACACACACCCCGACCAAGAGGAGUGCACCCCGGCCGGGCCGCCACCGAACCUCCUCCCCUGGCAGCGAUAUGGUCACCUUGGAAGAGUUCCUGGAGGAGAGCAACACCCUCUCACCACCGACUGUGCAGACAGGCAGUCAGGAGGACCUGAUGGAGGACUACUUCAGCAGAACAGGAGAGCGGGAGAGAUCCACCUCCGGCCGGCCCGCUCUGAGAGAUGGAGCAAAGACCCCAACCAGCUAUGUCACGCCCACCGUGAAGAGAGACACAGACCUCCAACGGGCCGGCGAGGUGCCAGGCAGGAACUCUAAACCAGGCCAGAGCGUCAGGCCCAUCGUCCGGCUCCCUGCGGGAUCCACCUCCACACCCCAGUCCCAGACCCUACCCAACCGGGCCAGCAACGGGUUAGGGACAGGGGGGCGGCCCUCACCCCUUGGACCUCCUGCACCCCGUGGAGGUGGUCUGGGCAGCAGCAGUCUGUCUCGGACCUUCAGCCUGGCCUCUGCUGACCUGCUGCGCUCAAACGGUCCAGAUAGCUACCGGACAGACAGGGAGGCAGGUUGCUCACCCAGCCAGAGUGGAGGUGGUGGAAGUGUGGACGGGGUGGUCAGGAGGCCUGGGGCUGGAGCCAUGGCCAGGGAGCGCCCCCACUCUGCCAGGCUAGCAGGACCCUCGGACAUAGACCCCCGCAGGCUGCCUCUGACUCCACCCAAAGAGGAACCACUCAGCCUGACCCUUCCCCAGCACCACUCCUCCUCCCUAUCCUUGCAGCCCGAGCGAUACGGAGGAAGAACAACACCAGGCUCCGCCCCCAGGAACAAUGGACCCAGUACCGGACAACAACAGGGACGACCCAACCCCCAGCAGAAUCAGCAGAACCAUCGUGGGGAGGUUGCCAUGGUGACGCCAGUUAGGGCAGUGCCGGCCCUGAGACUGGAGGAGGCACAGGAGGAAGAGGUGCAGCGCAGAGAGGCGCGGCUACAGGCGAACUCCCCGUUACUGAAGAAACCGGAGGUGGGAGGAGGAGGGGGGCUGAGCUGUGGCACAGGGGAGCCCCCCACGAGCACCCCUGCCUCCCCAGACCCCAAUAAUGACCCCCAGACUGUGUGGUAUGAAUAUGGCUGUGUCUAGGAGCCGUUAGUGUAGUUACAGACCACAGCCCCAGUACUGUACAAACACUUCUUCCUGCUAAACCACAGGAGGUCUGGCCUGGUCUUGUCUGGCACUCUGGCUGGUCCUUACUGUACUGGAUAUAUCCUUUAUGAUUCGGACUGUUUGAAACUUCCUAACUGUAAUCUUUAAUGGUGAAACCGCCAACAACAAAGAAGUUACUGCACACAACGAACACUGUUUUUCCCCUCAGACAUCAUUACACGCACGACAGGAGAGCAAAAUAUGUACUGCUUGUUUUUUUUUUUCCAUGCUGCGCAACGUCUUCUCAGCUCGGCAUCAAAAACAAUAACGGUGUUGGUGUGGCGGCCAGUGGCGCUGUUUCCCCCUACUGCGGAUUCUAUCUUUAAAGCUUCAUAAAGGAGAUGCAGCCACACAGAGACCACCUCAAUCAACACACAACAGGGGCCUGUACCCAGCUGGCAAAACAUAUGGUUGAUUUGAUUUGCAUGACCAAGGGACCACCAGUAUCGCAGUUACAUUAGCACAUGAAUGUUUUGAGGAAGACAAAAGGCACUAGGGAGCGACGAAUGUAUUUUAAUAUUUUUCUAUUGGACACCACUGAUUCCCCUCAGCUCUCUGUGCAUUGUAUAUACAACCUUGGCCUUGUCCAAGAAGUUAUAUUCUGAAUCUGAAAAACAAACAUUUUGGGGAAGGAGAAAAGAACCACUCCCAGAGUAAUUGCAUGGUAAUUUCUGUCCUCCAUCUUUAGGAGCUUAAGGACAGACAGUGUUUGAUUGUCUCAACACAGCCUCAGAGUAACACAUUACUGGAAAAAGGUCUGCUCCAACUUUGAACAUACUGUUUUCUGUUGUGGCCUGUGGGUGACCAAACUAUGGGCUUUGUGAAACUGGCUUGUGGGGAGCAUGUAAUUCAUCCCAUAUCUGUCCUUGUGCACGCGAGGCAGGACGAGAAAGUAGUGAGAGAGCACCGCACUGACCAACUUCCGAAAAGAGAAAAAGCAGGGAUUUUGUAGCAAGAGGGGAUACUUUUUAAAUGAAAGGAGUGAAGGAGGAUUGAGAAAGUGAUGGAGAUGGAGCGAAAGCGAGUAAAAAAAAAAAAAAAAUCUGGACAAAGAUGGAAAUGGUGACAUGAUGAUUAAAACGGAUGAAGAUGAGAGUUAGAGAUUGGUCAGGUUGAGAAAUAAAACGGUGAAAUAUUUCAUACUGUCCAUGACUGAGCACCGUGAAUGCCCCCAGAAACUAGUGUCUAUACCAGAGCUCUCCAACCCUGUUCCCGGAGAGAUACCCUCAUGUAGUAGGUUUUCACUCCAACCCCAGUUGUAACUAACCUGAUUCAGCUAAUUAUUAGAAUCUGGUGCACUAGAUUGGGGUUAAAGUGAAAACGUACAGGACGGUUGGAGAGCCCUGCUAUAUACAGUAGAACACUGUCAGUUUUGAUGUUUUCUAUAUGCAUAUGUUGAAUAUUAUUUUCCAAAAUCAUUCCAAAAAGCACUAUACAAUGAAGUAGAUAAUGAGUCUGAACACUGGAUACAUUUUUACUACAGAAAACGAGUACAUUGUCGACCAAGGGGUAAGGGUUUGUCUUUCUCAUUUUGAGUUCUUGAUAGUGUUAAAUGUACGUUUUUGUUUUUAGUGACUGUCUGCUUCCCAGCUAUAAAAUGGCAAUAAGACUCAAUGUAUUUAUGUUCCCCUCGAUGAUAAAACUACAGUUUAUCUGCAUGUUUUUUUCUUUUUUUUUCUCACCUAAAUGUGUUUGUUGUGAAGUGAACAGUGUGUGUUUCAUUGUAAGGGUGGUGGUGUUUGAAUUGUGCACAACCUCAUUAAUUCAAAAAGUAUCGAUGCGUUUUCUGUAUUCGUAAAAAGUCAAGUGGAUAAAAUUCUAAUUAGACUCCUGUAUUAGGUGGAUGAUUAGUCUGCCUGUUACAGUGUAACAAUGCAUCAGAUGACUAUAUAGAGCAUGACAAUUGACCAUAUUUGGCACUUUUCUCUACUAAAUCAAAUUUCCCUUCCACAGCUGUUCUCUUCAGAUUGAUGAAAGGUUGGUAUGGUUGGCAUUCCCAAGAGAAAUAUCAUCUGUUUUGCAUUGAAUCUCGUGUGUGUGUGUGUGCGCACACACACACCUAUGCACAAUAUGUGUGCCAUCACCAUGUGUACAGGUGUCUAAGGUCUUGUCUAACUGGUGCACAGUUCCUGUGUGUAAUGUACAGUAGGUUAGAGAUUUGAUUUUGAUAAUCAUGACCAAACACUACUAAAAAAUGACUGGAGUUCUAAAAGACCCACCUACCAACAUGCACAGAUACUGAAAUGAAAAUAUUGCAAAUGUUUUCAUAGCUUAAUGUAGAUACAUAGACCUUUUCUAUCCAAAAACAAUGGAAACCUUUUUUUAAAUAAAGAUUUGUAAAAUGA